UGCAGGUUUGGGGCUGAACUGGAUCCUGACGCCACAGAGCGGAUGUUUCAGCGUAUCUAACGCAACUCAGGUCUCUGCUGUGGUGUGUAAUCCUCGUCUCCACUCAAGCAGGACUCACCUUCGAACUGUGGCGACAUGACGACCCGGUCAGAGCGAGAAAAAGCUCAGAAACUGAACGAGCAGCAUCAGGCCAUCCUGUCGGCACUGCUGAGGGAGGAUGACAACAAGUUCUGUGCAGACUGUCAUGCUAAAGGACCUCGAUGGGCGUCAUGGAACCUCGGGGUGUUCAUGUGUAUCCGCUGUGCCGGAAUUCACCGCAACCUGGGCGUCCACAUCUCCAGAGUCAAAUCUGUCAAUCUUGACCAGUGGACAUCUGAGCAGAUCCAGAGUAUGGUGGACAUGGGCAACUCCAGGGCCAAACAGCUGUAUGAGGCCCACCUACCCGAGAGCUUCAGACGACCGCAAACCGACCAACCAGUGGAGGUCUUUAUCCGGGACAAGUACGAGAGGAAAAAGUACUUCGACAAGGAAGCUCUGACCACAGCUCCACAGACAGAGUGCAGAGCCAGUCCUAAGAAAAGUACAGAGCCAGCUGUGGACCUGCUGGGCCUGGAUGCCCCAGAUGGUGGUGGUGGGAAGAGCUCGGGCGGUGCUGCACCAAUCAACGAUGACCUGGACAUCUUUGGACCAAUGGUCUCCAAUCCUCUCCCCUCAGCCAACAACACACAGCAGGCCCAGUCUAGUUCCAGUACAGCAGCUCCACAGGCAGACACCUCCACCUCCUCCUCUAUCUCCACCACUAUGACCACAAAGGUGGAAGAGAAGAAGCUUUUAUCUAAAGACUCCAUCCUAUCUCUGUAUGCCAGCAGCUCAGUGGGCAGUCAGCCGCAGAGCCAGCAGCAAUCUGCCCCAGGACAAGCAGGUAUGUACAUGGGCCAGCCACAAAUGCAGUUCACUCCACAGGCCUUCAACCCCGGGAUGGGGGGAGUCACCCCACCCGCCACACUGAUGGGUGGAGGAGCCAUGAUGCCCGGGAUGGCUCUGCCGAACGGGGGUUACAUGCAGCAGCCGGGCGGGAUGCCAGCUGGCCAAGGACAGAGCAUGUACAAUAUGCAGCAGGGUCAGCAGCAGCCACAAGGACAGUGGAACAUGAGCCAGAUGACCCAGCAUAUGUCAGGCAUGGCCAUGAGCGGAGGAGGGCCGACAUCAGGCGCCCCAGCGGCCGGUUGGCCUGCGGCUCCACCAACGGCUUCUGGCCAGACCCUCAGCACUCAGCUGUGGAAGUGACGAGGAGGAGGUCCAGAGGAUGAGUGGGGGGGAAACACGGGGCAGUCACAUGGCAACCAAAUGGCCAAAUCUCUCUGAGGUCCUCCCAUCUCCUAACAGCUUUUAGUUAAAUAAUAACGCACAGCGGGAACGGUCUGCCUUUCCUAAAAUCCCUUCUCAAAUCCCUUAACCGUCGUUACUCUAAGAAGCCAAGAUGUCAUCCCUCCAAGACACCGUGGAGGCAAGUGGGAAAAAAGAGACUGGCAGCUGUCGUGUGAUGUCUUUAUCUGGGUGUCCUCGUUUGGUUUCCUUUUGUUGUUGAUGACUGAAAAAAGGCACAAAAACAGCAAAAAAAAAAAAAGCUGCUGGACCAGCAACUUUAAGUCCUAUUAUAGUAAUAUUACAAGUAUAUCGUACCAAAAUGGAUGGUGUGUGAAUAGUCCCUGAGUACUUACAGUAGAUAUGGCUAUGUUGUGGUUGGUUUACGCCUCCCUGUCCUCCCCCCUCUCUCUGCUGUGUAAAUUGUAACCCCCCCCCCCCCCCCGUAGGGCGAGCAGAGCCUUG